AUGUCUCCUAUAAAAAUAUAUGAUUCUCAGAAACCUGGUUAUUUUCUCCCACAUCAUGCUGUCAUUAAAGAAGACAGUAUUACGACGAAAACUCGUCCUGUUUUUGAUAGUUCAGCAAAGUCUUCUACAGGAAUUUCUCUUAACGAUACUCUGUUAGUUAGUCCUACACUUCAGGAUGAUCUUUUUGCAAUCGUUCUUCGAUUUCGAUUAUUUACAUAUGCGCUUACUGCUGACAUUCAGCAGAUGUAUCGUCAGAUACUAGUCGCUGAAAAUUACAGAUUAUUUAAAAAAAUAUUGUGGCGAUUUUCACUAGAAGAACCUAUACAAAUUCAUACUGUCAACACGGUCACUUUCGAAACUUCAUGUGCUCCUUAUCUUGCAAUUCGUACUCUUCGUCAACUUGCUGAUGAUGAAGAAAAUACAUUUCCUCUUGCAUCAAAGAUUUUAAAACGAGAUUUCAAUGUCGAUGAUCUUCUGACCGGCUCUCAAACCUUCCAAGGUGCAUUGGAACUCAGAAAUGAUUUAAUUCAAUUAUUGGAAAAAGGAGGUUUUAACCUUAGAAAAUGGGCUUCUAAUCAUCCUGACAUGUGUACAGCCCGGUGA